GAUCAUCCGCGAAGCAAUAUACCAUUCGUGCAACAUAUCCACCUCAUACCAGUCGCAAGCAUUGUAGGCAACUUUUGUCUUGAUUUGUAUCUGUGUAGUUGUUUGGCCUGUAAUAGGUGGUUCUGUUUCACAAAAUAUGGAUCAGCUCAGUAUUCAAGACGAUGCCGAUGCUCAAUGGCUAAAGGAAAGAGGUGUUCCGUCUUUUGAAGAGCCAUUCCUUCAAAAAUAUCUCCAGGGCCGUGAUGCCUUGAUCGAUCAAGAGAAGAAGCAGCGAAGUGACCAUGCCUUCCGGGAGACCCUGUCACCAAUGGCUCGCGAGGCUUGUGCUAUUGUUUCUGCCAUCAGAUUCGAGGAACAACAAACACUCUGGACCAAGGACUAUGAAGACAGCCUGGCCUCAGACUCAAAGGAUAUCUACCCUGGAAUGAUGUUCACGCUGGCGCGUCCCAAGAUCGAACAGUCAAAACUCUGGAAGAUUGUCAAGAAGAUGCCAAAGGGUGCUCUUCUGCAUUGUCAUCUCGAAGCAAUGGUCAACAUGGAUUGGCUCAUCGAAGAAGCUUUCAACACAAAGGGUAUUCAUAUCAAGGCUGACCAGCCUCUCGACUCUGAAGAUGCUCAAUCCUCCGCCCCUUUCCUCUUCAAGUGGCUAAAGAACCGCUCUUCUGAAAGCUCUUCGAUCUGGGAAAACUCUUAUACUGUUGGCCAAUGGAUCCCAAUUGACACCGCUGCUGAUGCCUUCCCACGCGGUGGCCGCAAAGGCUUCGAAAAGUGGGUCAGAGAGCGCAUCACCAUCACUCUGGACGAAUCUAUCCAGCACAUGCACGGUCCCAACGACAUCUGGCGCAAGUUCCAAUCGUGUUUCGGCAUCAUCUCCAGUCUACUGCACUACGAGCCCACCUUCCGCACUUUCCUCCGCCGCAUGUUCGAGGACUUGAUUGAAGACGGUGUUCAAUACGUCGAUGUUCGCAGCACAUUCCUCGACCCCUUCUACAAGGAAGGCUCAGAAGAACCGGAAAAGGACAACGAACUCAUGAUCGAUAUCCUUGACGAAGAAAUCGAAAACUUCAAAGCCUUGGGUAAAGGCUUCUGGGGUGCGAGGUUAAUUUACACAACUCUUCGCAGCUUCGACUCCCGCAAAAUCAUCGAGAGCAUGCAAGAAUGCAUUGACAUGAAACUCCUGUAUCCAGAGCUGAUCUGUGGGUUCGAUCUCGUGGGUCAAGAAGAUCUAGGUCGCUCAUUGGCAGAUCUGACGCCAGAACUCUUCUGGUUCAAGAAAGCAUGCGCGCAGAACAAAGUGGAUAUUCCCUUCUUCUUCCACGCUGGCGAGACCCUAGGUGAUGGUGACGAAACAGAUGAAAACCUGUUCGAUGCGAUUUUACUGGGUACCCGACGCAUCGGUCACGCCUUCUCGCUCUACAAACACCCUCUUCUGUGCGACAUGGUCAAGGAGAAGAAAAUCCUCAUCGAGAGCUGUCCUAUCAGUAACGAAGUCCUUCGUCUCACCGGCAGUAUCAUGUCACAUCCUCUGCCAGCUCUGCUCGCAAGAGGCGUACCCGUUUCCCUCUGUAACGACGAUCCAGCCAUCCUAGGUCACGGACAUAGUGGCAUGACCCACGAUUUCUGGCAAGCGCUGCAAGGAUGGGAGAACCUGGGUCUAGAAGGUCUGGCUUCUUUGGCGGAAAACAGUGUCAGAUGGGCUUCCUUCGAGGACAUGAAUGCACAGCAAUGGUCUCAAGAGUUGAAGGAAGGUGCAUAUGGCAAAGGCGAGAGGGCUAUGAGGAUGCAGCAGUGGGCAAAGGACUUUGAAAAGUUCUGUCAGUGGGUUGUUGUGGAGUUUGGAGAGGACCAGGAUUUGAAUCCUGAUGAGUAGAGUAGAAUAUAGAUUGUGCGAGAUAGCUGUCUUGCACAAUCUAUCUUGCAGACACGAAUGUCAAUGAUUCAAGGAUGCGCUUGUGAUCAAUGUACUAGAACAGAAAAGC